UUGUAUGCAGAAAAAAAUAGUACUAAAAAACAGCUGUUUAUUUUGUUGUUGUAGGCAUAACCUAUUUGACAUUUUCAUAUAAAAAAUUAAAAAGUUUUCUAAUAAAAAAUUAGUUUUGUUAAGCUGACUAACUAAAGUAAAUUUUGCAAAAUUUUCACCAUGUCCUUGGCAUCUAAAAUAACAUUAGCCGUCUCUUUUGUUAUAUCAGGCGGUAUUAUUGGUUAUGUACACUUUAAGCAAACCAAUGACAGAGAAAAGUUACAUGAGGGAGUUGUGAGGGAUAUUGAAAGGCAGCAAAGACGCAAAACAGAAAAUACUUAUGUGUUACAACAACAAAUUGACCUGACCAAACAGCUAAAACAAAUGCAGUCGAACGAGGAAGCCCAUAAUGUUGUGCAGCAAACCACUUAAAAAUAUCUAAUAAAACCCAUGUAAAUAAUUGUAAUAAACUUUGUUUGUUGUAUGUUAUGUUUUUUGUAAA